CUAAAGAAUUUCAAGUUUCUGACACCCAGGAGACACCGAGGCACUGUGGAAAAUCGAGAAGUUGAGAUCGGAGUCCAUGAAGCAGCACACUCUUAUGACUGGGUUUUCAUGUGCUAAGGGUCUUUUACUAGAUCGCAAGCCUGAGGAAGCUGCUGCUAUCAUUCAAGUUCUUAAUCAGACUUUAUCUGAUGCAAAGAAGUCGGGUAUUAUGGUUGAACUUCAGAAGCUGAUAAGUGACUGGCCUUUGGACGUUAUAAAGCAUCAAAAAGAGGAGGACAAGAAGGCAUUAGCUACUGCUUUAAAAUCUGAUAUUCCUGCCAUGGUUACCACUCUUUUAAAUGGAGGCUUAGAGGUGAGUGUAAAUUUAGAAGACUUGACAACGAAAGAAAGUAUUCUGGCUUAAAGUGCAAGUCAAUGGAAGUGAAGCACAUCAUUUUCCAAGGGCUCCAUUGCAUCAAUCAAAUGGAGAAAGGCCAUUUUUCAGGCACAAAUAGCAGAGAAACGGCUCUUCAAUUAUUGCACCUUUUACAAAUGACACUUAAAAACUCCCCAGUUACUUUCUGACUCCAAGAAAAAGAUCCCAUUUAAUGUUUUCUGGAUGUAAUAUUAGAAUCAUUGAAUUCAGCCAUAGCUUUUGUUCAGUUCCAUGUUAAUCAGUUCUUAAAAUAUUUCUGGAAUUAGACUGGGGUAGCCAAAUCUAAUUUCAUUUUGAAUGAUUUUGUAUCACAUUCAAACUGGGUGCUUUCUUUGUAAUAACACAAGAUUGUUAUUUUUUGUUUA